GCCGGAGCUAGCGUCACCAACGUCACCAACGUUACUAGCAUCACCGGCGUCACUUACAUCUAUAGAGAGGGGCAGUCAUCAGGAUGUGUAUAAGAAAUGCCUAUCAUUGAAAGCACCAGAGCUGUGACGCGCUGGACCACUCGCAUAAUCCCGCUAUUUCUCGUUGGUGUUAUCAGCUAUGCUACCUAUGUCGUUGUCGGCAGGGUCUGUUCUAGCUACCUCAUCAACAAGCGAUCCGAGCUCGGGCCAGCCAUCGCUAUCCUAGUUUUAUAUUUCCUACUCCUCCUAUUGAUGAUAGGCACCUAUAUACGAGCUGUCAUCGCCGUCCUUGUCGAUCCCGGAAUUGUACCCCUCGGACCAGUAGCGAUCGAGCAAAGGAAGAGAGAAAAGGAAAACAGAAGACAAGGGAUUCAGGGACAUGAUCUCGAGAGCCGACCUUACUAUGGAGGUGUCGAUUUGGAUCCAGAUAGUCCUGGCUUAGAACAAUUCUAUACAAAGGACGUCUUCAUUUGCGAGAAUAAUGGUCGACCUAAAUGGUGCUCCCAUUGUUAUAAUUGGAAGCCAGAUCGUGCCCAUCACAGUACCGAGAUCGAUCGAUGCGUCCUUCGCAUGGAUCACUACUGUCCCUGGGUUGGUGGCAUGAUCGGGGAGAAUUCUUUCAAGUUCUUCGUGCAGUUUACUUCUUAUACUGCUUGCUACUGCGCCGUCGUCCUUGGUGCAGCAGCCUCGAGUCUCCGCAAGGAGAUUAACGAGGGGUCUUCGUUGGAUCCUCAUUUCAUACCCAUCAUCGUGUUGGCUGCAUUCUUCGGACUCUUCACUUUCCUAAUGACCGUAACAUCGGUGCGAUACAUCUUCGCCAACAUGACAAAUGUCGAUAUGCUUAGCUCUCGCACUAAGGUGCACCAAUUGGCCGUUCGCGUGCCCCGUGGUACCGAAUCAACGGACAAAUUCACCGUAGUAACAUAUCCUCUUCCGAAGCUAGAAGAAGUGACGAACGGCCGUUCGAAUGACACGGCACGACCUCGGGCGGUCGAAAGCAGGGGCGCGAGCCCGCAGCCGAAUCGUGUCAGCCCAUCGACCCGCGAUGAUUUAGCAACCCGAACUUUUGCGAUACUUAGGACGGAGCCCGGGGAAAAUCCGUGGGAUAUUGGGGCAUGGAAAAACUGGCAAAGCGUAAUGGGCACCAAUGUCCUCGACUGGAUCCUACCCUUCCGAAGAUCGCCCUGCGCCAACCACGAGAGUCAUGACAGCUUCUACCCCAUGGGCAAGGUCCUAGCAGACGUGCUUGCUAGAUAUAACCUCAACGAUCUCGCGAUCAACAACGGUGUGGGGCUUGAGAUGAAGGAGCUCAGGAAAGGAAAUAGGUCUUAGAUUGAUAGCACGCGUAAUGAUAUCUUAUUCGAGGUAUAU